AUGCUCAGCAUCUGUAUCUCUAAGCACGACGUCGCUGGCGAGGCUCCCGAAGCCUUGACAGCCCUGGAGACCCAGGUUCAGCAGUGGAUGCAGAGCAACGUCAACUCAAUCUAUCUCGAGGACGAGGCAGGCGCAAACGUACAUCUCCGUAUUGAAGACGAGAACACGAUCUUCAUCGGCAUACGCCAUCCAUGCCUUCCAAAAUCUCGUGCGGUUGAGUCAUACCACACUGUUGACGUGGCCAAUUCGGAAACAAUACACGACGUGCUCGACAGUGCCAUUACCUUUAUUCGAUCCCUCAGUAUAAACGCGCCAGAGGGCCCACAGUUCACGGUCGAAUUCUUCAAGAUAGUGAAGAAUCAGGACGGGAAGUCUAAAGACGACACACAAUGCUCGUUUAAACCAGAAGGUCCCAACCUUCUCUGCGACGGUAUUGUCAAAGUCACGACCUCGAAGGAAGUCAGCUAUGGCAUCAAUAUUAGGAACGCGACGGACAAGAAUCUUUACUGCCAUCCCAUCCUCUAUUAUGACUGCGGCGAUCUUUCUGUUGAGUCUCAGCCGCAGAGAGAAGUUGAGCUUCCUGCUAACGGGAUCUUGGGAUUCGCACAAUCUGGUUAUAUUCCGUGGCAGUUCUAUUUGCGCGAUGGACAAACAACGGACACUGGAUUUAUCAAAAUCUUCGUCACGUCGUCCCCCGUCACCGUCCCUGAGACGUUGCAAGAGAAUCCAUUUGCCAAAUUUGAUGUCAAAAGGGAUGGAUUGAGCAAAGGGGCGCUUUACGACUCACUUGUGGCCACCAUAACCUUCGUCGUAGACCAAAUUCCGCCGGAUGGGUGCACGCUACAGGACGAGCUUCCUGUUUUUGCGUCGUAA